AUGUUUGUUUCACAAUCCAAGGUAUUAGAAUGUAAAUCAAUCAUAUAAUCAUUAUAGAAUGCUUAGUAGAUAUCACAAAACAAAUCUUAGGAGAAUAAAUUGAUAGAGAAAACAGAGGAGCUAUACUUAAUAGAAUCAAGGAGAUAACAUUAGAGACAUUUUAAAGACAUUACUCUGAAGAGAUACUAUUAUUAUAAUAAGAAUUGCGUUAACAAUCUCAAGCCAUUGAUAGAAUCAAAAGGGAAUAUUAGGAUAGAGAAUAAUAAUUGAUUAUAGAUGUUGAACAUAAAUUGCAUGAACAGUAAAUCAUAUAAGUAUAGGAGAUAAAGAGUUUGUAAUAAUUAUGUGAUGAAUAAAUUGAUUUAAACAAUAAGUAAUAAUUAACAAUUGAGAAACUUAAUAAAUAAAUUAGAGAAUCUAAUCUUACAAAUUAACAAUUAAAUUUAGAAUUAUAACAACUUAAAGACAUUUAAUAAUCUAUUGAUUAUUAAUAAAGAUAUGUUUCUUAGGAAGGAUAAGAAUAUAAAUAAAAAUUAGAAUAAAUUUAAUCAGCCUAUUCUGUUCUUGAUUAAUAGUUCAAGAAUUUUAAAUUAGAAUCUGAUAAAUAAUUGAAGGAUUAUUAAAGAAAAUUAUAAACAAUAACAGAUUCACAUAUUAUAUAAGAAAACGAACUUACUAAUUUGAAAUUAGAAAAUGAAUAACUAAAAAUUAAAAAAUAAUAGGAAUCAUAAAAAUAGAAAGAAGCAUUAGAAUAAUUGAAAGAAAAAAGUUAAAUAAAAAUAAAAGAAUAUAAAUAAAAAUUGAAAGAUCUUUAAAAUAAAGAUUAAUAUAUAAUUGAACUUUAAGAAUAAAUGAAAGAAUUAGAAUAAUAAAUUGAAUUCUAAACAAAUUAACAUAAAUAAUCUAUAAAGAUGUUGGAAUAGCAAUAUAAGAAAUAAUAUAUAAGAUUGGAAGAAAAUUUUGAAUAAGAAAAAUUAGAUUUAUAAUAAUAAUAGAAUUAAAAUCUGAAAACAAGUAUUUCUGAAAAAGAUAGAGAAAUUACAGGAUUAAAUUAGGAUUUAAAGUAAUUAAAAAUAUAAUUAUAAAAUGAAUAAGAAUAAAAAUAAAAAAAUAAUUCUAAAUUUGAAGAACUCAUUUAAACAUUUAAAUAAUAAUUAGAAGAAUAAUAAUAAUAAAAUACAGAAUUGAUUUCAAAAAAUAAAAUAAUGGAAUAAGAAAUUAAUAAGAAAGAUUAAAAUCUUAAAUUAUUAUUAGCUGAUGUAGAUGAUUUAAAAUAAUUUUCAGAAUAAACAUUAACUACUUUAAAAGAGAAUUAAGAUUAUAUGAGUGAAAUUGAAAGAGAAAAAUAAUAAUAAUAAGAAAUUAUUUUAUCUAUUUAACAUUAAUUAGAAAUAGAAAUUCAAGGAUCAUUCUCAUAUAAAAGAUUAGGAUAAGAAUUAGAAUAAAGAUGUAAAUUAUAUAAAGAAGAACAUUGUUAAUUAUUAGAUGAUUAAUUAAAAAAAGAAGCAUAAUAUUAAUAGGAAAUACAAUAAUUAGAAUCUAAAUUUAAAUAAGAAAUUGAUAAUCUUAAUAAAGAACAUUAAAUAAUUGUUGAAAAUUUUGAAGGUUAAAUGAAGAAAGUAAAAUUAGAGAAUAAAUUAUAAAAUGAAGAAUAAAUUAGAGCUUAUAAUUAAAUUUAAAAAGAAUUAUUCUAAAAAAAUUAAUAAUAUGAAAAUCUUGAAAAAUAGAAUAUUAAUUUGGUUAAUGAAUUAGAAUAAUAUAUAAAUUAAUAUACUCAUAAUUUAUAAUAAUUAGAAGAAUAGAAAUUAAAAGAGAAAAAUUUAAUAGAAACUUCAAAUAAAAAUUUAAAUUCUUGGAAUACAGAAAAACAUUAAUUAAUAAUGUAAAUUGAUGAAUUAAAAUUUAAAUAUAGAUCUAUGAAAUAAAAGAUUAUUAGAUUAUUUAUUAGAUAAAAAGAAUAAUUAAAUUUAUAACUACUUGAAAUGAAAUCUACCAUUUUAAAUAAAAUAAAGAAUUAUGAUUCAGAAAAUAGAUAAUUAAUAUAAAGUUCUAUUAAGAAAUUCAAUCAUGUAUUUUUUAUCUUAAUUAUUAUUUAGUUAAUUGAUCAAAGUAUAUAAUAAGAAAAGAGAGAGAAUGAAUUUCUAGUUAUUGAAUUAUAAAAGGAAAUGGAUAAAAAGAUUGAACAAUUAAAAAGAUAAUAUAAAUAAAAUGAAUAAUUAAUACAAGAAGAAGCAUAAAUUAAAUUUAAACAAAAAUUAUAAUAGAUCUAAUAACAUGAUCAUUCUAUUGAUGAUAUCAAAAAUUAAUUAAAUUAUUACAUUUAAGAAAAUGAUCAUUUAGCUUAGAAACUUUAAGUGUAAGAUUAGCUUAAUAGAGAAUAAUAAAAAAAAGCAGAAUAUGAGUAAAGAUAACUUAAUCAAACAAUUAAAGAAUUAGAAAAUGAAUUGUAUAUAAUAAUUAUAUCAAUUUUAGAAGUUAAAUUCAAUAAUCUGCUGAUUACACUUUGAAAGAGAGAUAAUUCCUAGAAUUAAGAUAUAAUGAACUUAAAGAUAAAUCAGAAAAGAAAAUGGAUUAAAUCUAAAGAGAUUAUCAAUAGUAAAUAUAACAACUUGAAACUAUAAUUUAACCAGUCUAAUAAAGAGCUUUAUCUCCUCCAUUACAUUAACAUACUUAAUCAUCAAGUACAGGUUUCCAUCGCUCUCCUGCUGUCUAAACAAAUUUAUCAUCUGCUAAACGUAUAAAUAUCUUCAUUCUAGAUCCAUAUUCAAAACCCCCAUAAUACAGUAGUCCAUCCAUAAGAACACCACAUAAAUCUCCCUCUAAUGAUAGAACUGAUAAAACAAUAGAAGAAUUAAGAGCUGAGAUUUAAUAAUAAAAAGAGAAACUAUCAAGAAUGAAACUCAAUUUUACAGAAUCUUAAAAAAAAUCUAAAACAUUAUCAAAGUUUUGA